UGAAUCUUUUGAAGCUUGGAUUGAUCUAAUCUAUGGCUCAGAAAACCAAGAUACUAGCGAUAAUUCAAGUCUUAGUAGUGACAAUAAAGCUGAUAUACCAUCAGCAGGAAAUCGUCGACAAUGGCAAUAUGUACAUAGAAGUGCAUAUCAUAAUAAAAAUUAUAUAUGUCAUAAAAAAUGUAAAAUUAAAAGAAGAAAAGCAUCUACAGACCUGGAAGAUUCUAAUACUGUAGAAUACUUAUUACCUGUAGAUUGCUCUGGGUUUUUAGAAAAAGCACGAGCUGCCAUUUUUUUGUCACUUGAUGAGCUAUGGAAUAUAUCUAAUAUAAUAGAUUUAAAAGCUUCUAUUUUAGACCCUGAUUUAAAUUACUUCCAUUUGCCACAAUUCAAGAACAGAAAGAAACUAAAACACAAGUCUGUAAUGAAUUAUCAUUGCUUGAAAACACAAAUAAAUGUUUCAAGUAAUGUUGAAGCAGUAAAAAGCCUG